AUGUCGAAGCACACAAAUAAUGACUGCCUCCGACUUGUUGAACAAAUGAAAGACCAAUACGAAAAGAUCUCCCAAGCGAAUAAAGCUUUUAGUGAAGGAGAAGUAGUUGAAAGUUUACGUAACCAAGUGGAAGGGUUAAUGCGUGUCGUUGAUGUGUUAGAAAAACAAAAAGGGGAGGGGGCUUCCAGUGGGAAUAGUUCGACUAUUAGUUUAUUAAAACAAAACAAAAUGUUAUUGGACGAGAAUGAGGAAUUGAAGAAUAAGAUGAAAGAACAGCAAUUUAGUUCUGGUGACUUUCUUCGCCUUCAAAAAGAAUUAGAAGAAACAACUAAUGAUUAUAAUAACGCAAUAGAAGAAAUAGAAGAACUCGAAGAGAAAAACAAAGCAUUAACUCUUCAAGUUAAUACUCUUCAAGCAUAUCAGAAAAAACAAAACGAAUCUUUGGAACAAACGGAUGAGAUUGAAAUGAUGAAAAGAACGUUGACUUUGGUAUCAAAAAAUUACUCCCUUUUUCUUAACAAAACAGCAAAAAAUAUAAACACCACAGAAAUUUUCGUCGACCAAAAAGUACCACAAAAUACUUCUUUGAUCCAAAAUUAUAAAAAAAUGGCAUCAGCUUUUACCACUUGGGCAAAUCUGCCAUUCAACACAAAUAACACUUUCUCUAUGAUCCCACGCACUCUGCCCCAAAUCAAUCUCACUAAAACUCAACAAGAAAAUGGAUUUUUGUGCUCGUUAAUUUUGAGACACCCACUCCCUGUUCUAGUCGCGGUAUACAACUCACACCAAUUCCAAGUUUCUAUCCCUUUGUUCUAUUGCUUCGCGGAGGAAACGACACAAUUGUGGCUACCUCUCGGUAACUACCUGUUCGCAACAUUUUCCAGUACAGGGGCGAUGCUUGCUAAAUCGGAAAUAGAGCUCGUUAAUCAAUAA